AUGAGACGCUUUGUUACUUCCACCACCGCGCCUAUUCUUUCCCGUGGUGUUUACGCUAGAAACUUUUCAUCAUCUGCUGCUACAAUGGCCAAACGUAUUGAGACUGAUGCCUUUGGUGAGAUUGAGGUCGACAGCUCUCGUUACUGGGGUGCUCAAACUCAGAGAUCUCUUCAAAACUUCGAGAUUGGUGGUGACCGUGAAAAAUUGCCCGAGCCUUUGAUUAGAGCUUUUGGUGUUCUUAAAAAGGCUGCUGCUGAGGUUAACUUGACCUACGGUCUUAAACCCGAGGUCGGUGAAGCUAUCAAGCAGGCUGCUCAAGAGGUCAUUGACGGUAAACUCACUGACCACUUCCCUCUGGUUGUGUUCCAAACUGGUUCUGGUACUCAAAGUAACAUGAACUCUAACGAAGUCAUUUCCAACCGUGCUAUUGAAAUUUUGGGUGGUGAAUUGGGUUCUAAGAAGCCCGUCCACCCCAAUGACCAUGUUAACAUGUCUCAAUCUUCUAACGACACUUUCCCCACUGUCAUGCACAUUGCUGCAGUCUUGGAAAUUAGCAACAAGUUGAUUCCUUCUCUUGAACAGCUUCACAAGGCUGUUGAUGACAAGGCUAAAGAAUUCGAUCACAUUAUCAAGAUUGGUCGUACCCAUCUUCAAGAUGCUACCCCUCUGACUUUGGGCCAAGAGUUCUCUGGUUAUGCUUACCAGAUCAAGAAUGGCAUUGACCGUAUCAAGGAUACCUUGCCUCGUCUUAGAUUCUUGGCUCAAGGUGGUACUGCUGUCGGUACUGGUCUUAACACCAAGAAGGGUUUUGAUGCCGCUAUUGCUGCUGCUGUUUCCAAGAUUACUGGUGAAGAGUUCAAGACUGCUCCCAACAAGUUCGAGGCCCUGGCUGCUCACGAUGCUAUUGUCGAGGCCUCUGGUGCUUUGAACACUGUCGCUGCUUCUCUUUUCAAGAUUGCCCAAGAUAUCAGAUACCUUGGUUCCGGUCCUCGUUGUGGUUACGGUGAGCUUAACUUGCCUGAGAACGAGCCUGGUUCUUCUAUCAUGCCUGGUAAGGUCAACCCCACUCAGAACGAGGCUCUCACCAUGGUCUGUACUCAAGUGUUUGGUAACCACUCUGCCAUCACCUUCGCUGGUGCAUCUGGUCAAUUCGAGCUCAACGUUUUCAAGCCUGUUAUGAUCAGCAACCUUUUGAGCUCUAUCCGUCUUCUUGCUGAUGGUGCUCGUUCUUUCCGUAUCCACUGCGUUGAAGGUAUCGUUGCCAAUGAGAAGAGAAUUGGUCAGCUCAUGCGUGAAUCUCUCAUGUUGGUCACUGCUCUCAAUCCUAAGAUUGGUUACGACUCGGCCUCAAAGGUCGCCAAGAACGCCCACAAGAAGGGCAUCACCCUUAAGGAGUCUGCUCUUGAGCUCGGUGUUUUGACCUCUGAGGAGUUCGACGAGUGGGUCCGCCCUGAGAAGAUGAUUGGUCCUUCCGAUGCUUAG